GAAUGUACCGUGCCCCCCCCGAACUUUUGGCGGGUAAACAUCGAUGUGUCUUUAAAUGUGUAUGACCAGUGACCCUUUGGUGCUUUCGUAUGAUUCGUUUCCAAAAUCGAAUAACAGGUGGUGCCAGGAAUGGUAUAACACAGUUGUGGUCCGUAUUGAUGAAAAAUAAAAGCAGACCAUGGGGAUUCAAGGAUUGCUGCAGUUUGUUAAGGAAGCCUCAGAACCAAUUCAUAUCAAGAAGUACAAAGGACAGACUGUAGCAUUGGAUAUGUACUGCUGGCUGCACAAAGGAGCUUUUGCAUGUGCUGAUAAAUUAGCACAAGGAGAACAUACUGAUCAAUAUGUCAAUUAUUGUAUGAAAUUUGUUGAAAUGUUGGACUCAUUUGGAGUCAAGCCAGUCUUAGUUUUUGAUGGAUGCACUUUACCUUCUAAAGAAGCAGUUGAAAAGGCUCGAAGAUUACGUAGGCAAGCAAACUUGCAGAAAGGAAAGCAGUACCUUCGCGAAGGGAAGACAAAAGAAGCUAGAGAGUGUUUUACUCGGUCUGUCAACAUAACAUCUGCCAUGGCUUAUGAAGUCAUAAAAGCAACAAGAAUGAGGGGAAUGGAUUGUAUUGUAGCACCUUAUGAAGCAGAUGCUCAAUUGGCUUACUUAAAUAAGAUUGGCAUUGCUCAAGCAGUUAUUACAGAAGAUUCAGAUCUGUUGGCAUUUGGAUGUAAAAAGGUUGUACUGAAAGUGGACAAGAAUGGGAAUGGCAUAGAAAUCGACAGAGCUCAGUUUGGCAGAUGUAAACAGCUUGGCAACGUAUUCACUGAAGAGAAGUUCAGAUAUAUGUGUAUUUUAUCAGGAUGUGAUUAUUUGGCAUCUAUUCAUGGAAUUGGUUUAGCGAAAGCAUGCAAGCUUCUAAGGAUUGCAAACAAUCCAGAUAUCAUUACGAUUAUUAAGAAAAUGGGGCAAUAUCUGAAGACAAAUCUGACUGUUACAGAAGAAUAUAUAGAUGGAUUCAUUCGGGCAAAUAACACAUUUCUAUACCAAUUGGUGUUUGAUCCAUUGAAACGGAAACUUGUUCCUUUAAAUGCUUACUCAGAUGAUGUUGAUCCAGAAGCACUUGACUAUGCUGGGCGUCAUUUUGGUGAUGAGAAGGCUCUUCAAAUAGCUCUUGGAAAUAUAGAUGUCAGAACAUUGGAGACCAGAGAUAAUUAUAACCCAUGUAGUUUCCAGACUCCAGUGAAAAUUACUCUUGGGCAAAAUGACAAAGCAACGAAGCAGGAACUGCCACACAUGCUUAGUAUAUGGAGUAAAGAGUACAGAACAUGUGAAAAUCAACUUUCAGUCCCAAAGGCACAAAUAUCACCAGAAAAACCCUGCACUCGGGGUAAAGAGAAAAUUAUCAACAUCAAAAGAUUAAAACUUUCCAAUAGAGAGAUGAUGGCUAAAAGAUCAAGAGAAGAUGAAGGCAUUUCGGAUGGAGAUUUGUUAAGUCAGUACUCCUUUCCAAGUAGCAAAAAACAAAUUGUUGAAAAGUGCCUAUCUCCACAAUCUCCUUCAGAAGAGGAGGAAUCCUCAUCAGUGGGCCACUCAGUCAAGGAUGAAAAUCCAAGGCCUCAUUCCAAGAUGCGGAAUCGGUUUGCUACCAUUUUGCAAAAGAGAAAUCAGGAUUCGGGUGCCAUUGUUGUUCCUGGAACCAGAAGCCGGUUCUUCUGUAGUCCCAAAGAAGCUUGUGUUGUAUCUGAUCAAAAAACUGGAACCAAAGCAUUACCUGAUGCAACAGGAAAACACAAGGAUUUUAACUCAAUUAGUUUUUUUAAUAGUGAGGAAAAUAACACCUUUACAAAUAUAAAGAAAAAUGAAUGUAAGCAAUAUGAACAGUCCCCUGAACUUUUGAACACUAGUCCUAAUGCCAAUACAACUCCCUCAGAUUUGAAUUUAGUGGCCAGAAAACAUUUAAGUGCUUUCAGUUGGUCUGGAGGUCUGGAAGAAAAAUUGAGGAUGCCCAAUCCUGCUGCUGAUUUAUCUGUAUUGCAGCAAUUCUGCAGAAAGGUGGGAUCCUCACCUGUAAGUGGAUAUAAUGAGAGCAAAGUACAAAACAAUCAGAAUGCAAUCCAGAACAAGCCAAGCCUGCUAGAACGAUGUGAGGAAUCCUUAGAUGAAGACUCUGAAAUGAUGGCCUCCCCACAAUCUCCUCUUGGUGUUAGUUCUUCUCUGGACAGUUCAUGCAGUGGUUUUGAUUCCUUGGGCUCUUCUCAAAAGUCGAGGAAUUCUGAUUUGGAUGAAACUAGUAACAAAACAACAUCAUGUGAUCAAGUUUGCAGUCCUGUCACAUUGCCAGAAUUAUCUGUAACUGUAAAGCACAGGGUACCUGGGUUACAAAAGCUGAGCCCUGGAUCUUUAAGCAUAUCCACUAAACUGAAGCUUCCAGGACCAGCCAAAGCCAGUGGUUUAAACAAAAGAUCACUGUCACUACAGAGAAGGACAUUUGCCCCAAAUAAUGAGAACAAGCCUGAACUGCAAGCAACCAUCCAUGAUUUAUGGCAGAAAUUUGGAUUUAAGGGGGAGUCCAAGAAGCUUCAAUCCAGUCAAAAAUCUGACCCAAUGUCUCCUGUAAAGGACAACUUACAAAUAUUGACCCCAGAGACUGAUCAAAGUAUUUUAUUGAAAUCCGAAUGUAGUUCUGUUCAAAGGGCCAUACAGUGGUGAGGAAAUCCAUGAAGAUAUUUAAACUUGCUUCAACUUACCUAGGAAUAUUUAACUAUAACGUGUUUCUUUAUUUUAGCCAGAAUGAAAAUAUAGAGUAGGUGUGGUGCAAGGUGUUACAUACCUGCCACUGAUAGAAAAUGUGCUUGAUGUGUAAUGGCAGUUACUAGCAUUAAAUCUUUUAUAAUAUAUUUAAUGACCUGAAUUGACUUAAAACUUGAAUGCUAUUGUUUUGAACACAUCCUUGUGAAAAGGGGCAAUUGGGUGGGAGAGCAGGUGAAUCUGUCCAACAGCCUCUCCUAAAGUUACCCCAGUUGAGCCUCUCAUUCCCUCCCCACUGAGAGACCCCUUGACUUAUCUGGUUCUGGAUAUAGGGACUGCUCCAAGAGGCUUUGCUGCCACUACAGAGCUGCAGGUUAGUAUACCUAAGUAGAGGGCGUUAAGGGUCAUAUGGCUGAGAGGCAAACAUUCUCUGGGGGAUGGGUCCCUGUCAACUGUUUGUGCGAAGGUAUAUGAAACUGUGGCACCCAUUAAAUUCUGUACUUUAACACAUAAUCUAGAUCGGCAUUUCUUGGUGCUUUCCCUGAGGUGGAAUGUCAAACCAAGACUUUGUUUACUGUCUUGGGUCAACAUAAAAUACUUCAUAGUACUAUUUUGAAGAGUUGCAACCCAAUGUUCUGAUCAAUAUUUCUUCCCUCAAUCAAUAUUCUCUAAAUGUGAUUUUAAUUGCUGUCUUGGAAACUUGCUGUGUACCAAUUGACUUGGUUGAAGUGUACUAACUGGCAACCACUUUAUCUCAUACACAACUGUAACUUCAAAAGAACACACCUGGAAAGUGUUUUGAUUCAGCCUGAGGUUUUGCAAAAUCCACUAUAUAAAUGCAAGUCUUUCUUUCUGCCAUAAGGAGCAAGGCAGUUCAACCCAGUCUAGGAUAUGUUUUUCAAGGUGCCACGGGAAGGGAAAAAUUUCCAGUAAUACACAUAAUCUAUCACAGUUAAUGCUAAAUGCUGCUAAGUUGCCAAUCCUUGGAAUGAGGGAUACUUGUAGUUUUCCAUAGUCAUAUUCUCCAUUGGUGUCAGUGCUCCAAACUUUUCCCCAGGACACAAAUAGAUUAGACUCACAACAUAUACAUCCUGAUCACAUUGCUUCAUUUGGAAAAGUUCAACAAAAUGACAUAAGUUGUUAUUUCAAUCUAGUUAAAGUGAACAUGAUCGUGUGAAAUAAAUCUUUAAAUGGAUUCAUACACAGGACUGCAGUUUUUAUCAG